AAAUGAUAUAAUUUCAAUAUGUUUUUAAGCAAAAUUUCGUUUCAGAAAAACCUCCAUUGAAGUUUAUGGAGAUAUUUCUCUAUGAAGUAUCACGCUUUUGCCUACAAUUUACCGAAAGAUUACUCUGAAGAAAGACUUCAGACUGGAAUUAGAGGCAUGACUUUCCCUAAUGCUGAAGUAAGGGUGAUCAAAGACACUCUGGGAAAGUCAUCUGGGAAAGCAAGGAUCAGUUAUAAUUCCCAAGAUGACCUUAGAGUCGCUAUCAACAAGCUUCAUAUCAAGUCAUCCCUUGACAACAAGUUCAUCAAGAUUAGAGGUUAUGAUAAAUUAAGGAAUGAUCCUGACAAGGAGGAAAAGUUGAUGAAAAGACUCACCAUUUAUAACCUAAGUUAUAAAGCCUCUGUGAAGGAUAUUGAACAGGUCGUUGGCGAGUUUGGCAGAAUCGAAGAGAUUAGAAUACCCAGAAAUCAUGACGGAUAUCCUCAUGGUUACGCUUUCGUCUUCAUGCAUUCUGAAAAAGAUAUUAAAAGAGUCCUUGACUACGCUGAUGAGAGACAUAUUCAUAAUAGACAAAUCAGGAUUUUUAGGUACCAGAAGGAUGAGAAUAAGGUUCAAAGAGAGAUGAGGAAACGAAUCUACUCUGAAACCAAGGUUACUAGAAAAUUUAACCUUAAAGAUGAAGAUGAAUUCGAGUAG